AUGCUUGCACUAAGAAUGAACUAGUAUCUGCAAUUAGGUGUUUGGUGCUUGAUAUAUACCUUCAUCUUAAUGAUCUUGAGUUACUUUAAGAAAGGAACAGCAGCUGCUUUACCACAAAAGUCAUCAAAUGGCAGUGCUUCUUAGAAUGUGGUCAAUAGUGGCUAUACUACCUCUUAUCAGCAGCAUUCAUCCUCUGCGGAGGAAAGGAAAUACAUGCAGUAGCAAUUAAUGUAGUUCAAUCAAUAAUCUCGCUUAUAUGAUGAGGAUUAAAAAGAUUAAAGUAGCAGUAGUAAUCUUAGAUUAAGAGAAUAAAAUUAAGAGAGCAGUAGCAGUGAUGAUAAUCAAAUUAAUAAAUAGCCAGUACAAUCUCAUCAAUAGGAUUAGCAGUAUUAAUAAUCUUAGGUUUAUGAGCAAAAUGAGAAAUAAAAUAGUAGAAUGUAGAGCAGUAAUACCAGUAGUAAGAUCGUCAAUAAGUCGAAUGGAAAUAGUGAUUUUAUAGCUGAAAAGAAAAAAGGUAAACGACAAAAAAAUGCCAGCAAUUUGAAGACCAGUAAUCAAUAAAAUCAAAACUAAUAGCCAGGUAUUGAGAUAUAAAACAAGAUCAAGAAAUAAGGGCAAUUUCAAAUAGUCAGUGUAUGCAUCAAUCUGAAGCUUCAUAUAUUGUCAUUGAUAUGCUCAGUCUUGAAUGUAGCAGCUUAGCUAAUUUUAGCAACUGAGUUGGACACUGCUCUUUCAAGAAAUGUGAACCCCUAAAACCAAGAUUUCAGCGACUAUGUUUUAUGCUGGAUGCUAGUUAACUCUUUCAACAUGAUUAUUCUUGUAUUUGCCUUUGUCCAUCAGUUCAUAAUACUACCAGAUUUCUACAGCAAUAAGAAAUAACCGGAGGAAAAUAUAGCAUCUGGAAUUUAUCUACUUUUCAUAGCAAUGAUUGUUAAUAUAUUAGCAAACCUCAUAGUGGAAAGCAGCAGGUCUAGUCUUAAAAUGAUUUUACUUGCCAAUAGCUUGAUCGGAUUAAGAUUCUUGAUCAUCAAAGUUUAUAAAAAUACUCUUGAAAUUUAGCAAAGAGGAAUAAGGCCCUCAAAUCAUUUUAUAAGCUUACUUAAUUUAUGGGGAGAGUUCUUUAUUUUCAUAUUAAUCUGGUCGGUUAUGAAUUUUUCGUAUUUAAAUGACCAUCCUAUGAUAGAUGAUAGCAGUAAUAAGUUAAAGUUAUUUUCUAUCUAAGAUAUUUCAGACUUCGGAAUAUCAUUUAUUUACGUUCUAAGUAUUAUAGCAUUUAAUGCUUCUCUAAGUAAACAAACUUAUUAUUCUUUUGCUGCAUAAUAUGUUAUGCAGCCUGCUUUAGUGUUUGGACUAAUGCUAUUUUACUAUAAUUUCUUUAGUUUAAGAAAUAUGGUAAUGAUUGUUGCCUUUGCAAUUUCAGUGGCGAUUCUGAGACUUUUAUGCAAUGAUUGCCUAGUUUAUAUGAAAAAGUAGUAUAGAGAAAAAACUCAUAAGACAAAAAUCUAUGGAAAAAGAUUCUAAGAGGAUCAAUAUGAGAGACUUCUACCGACUCCUUAUGCUAGUGGAGUUUAAGACCCUAACUACAACACAGAUAACUCCCUUUCAGAUCCUUAAAUAAAAGGCACUUAGUUUAAAUACCUGGCUACCAGGCAAAUAAAUCAAAUACGAUCCAAUUUUGAGUAUUACAUAGUUGAGAAUGAGGUAUCUCUAUUGCUAAAGAAAAGAGCAUGCUUAGAUUUGCACUACAAGUUUAACUCUAUUCAGCACUACUCACUUAAAUUCUACUCUGUCAAUUCUAUGGAUUUGAGUUAGUCUCAAGAUACUAACUUGUAUCAAGAUAGAUAGGAUGAAUAGAGAAUAUUCUUAAAAGCAAUUGAGAACUACUAGAGGAAGCUCUAUCAGUGA